UCAUGUAUCUGUUCUAAGAGUAACAUUUCUUUCCUUUCACCUCUCAGUGUAUCCAGUCCUUCUGAAGCUUCUAACUGUUCUGAUCACAGACAGAGAAGGCAGAUCAACAGAAUUGGAAUAUAUCCAUAUAUAUUAUAUAAAUUAGGAAGUUUUAGAACAAAUGUAUGCGAUUUGCAAAGCAGUUACCUGUUAUGCUGGUAGAUGAAUGGUGAGAGAUUAGCACAUAAAAAUGUUGUUGAUUAGAUUUCUAUUAAGAUUUUUUUCCUUAAAAUUUAGCGAACAUUUAUAAAGUUGAUCCACAGGCAGUACCCUGAUAAAAAUGAAACUGCCCUUGCCUCUAAGGCUCUCACAUUUUGCUGUAGGAUAGACUUAAAAACAGGAAAGACACAGGUGAAGGGGUAUGAUAUAAAGAAGGAGACCAAUAGGGAGAAUACAGGAGAGAGCAGGGAGGAAGAAACUAGAUCUGAGGCAAGGGGAAAUAAAAGGCAUUUUUUGUUGGUACUUCAUGCUGGCCCUGCCAUUCUGGGUAUUAUGAAUAGCGUGGAGCCCCACUUUUUAGGUAAAGGAUUAACAAGUAGGAGCAUGUCCACAGAGGAGAGUAUACAGAAUGGAUCUCGGUGAUGAUGAUGUCAAAUAUUUACAUCAGUUGAAUGGGCUGGUGUUAUUUAGGUUAGAGAAAAGAUGACUGAGUUAGAAUGGGAAUGUUUUGCUAACCCCUUUGAAGAGAUUUCAUAAGAAAACUUAGACUUGAUCUGCUUGGGCACUGAGCAUUUAACUAGAAGCAGUUUGGCUUUUCUGACAAAAAUAUCAAAGUGUGGAAUGAGUUGCCAAGAGAGAGUGGAGCUCAUAAAGAAAAGGCAAGGUCACCUUCAUCAGCAGUGUUGUAUAGUGGGAUCUUAAACAGGUAUUUCUUGAACUAGAGACUUCCAGGAUCUUAUCCAACUCAAUGAUUCUUUUAUUAGGAGGAAUAUUAACUCAUCGAUUAGGAAUAAACAACACAGGGAAAAACAAAAUUAUAGAAAGCUUGGUGAGAGUCCCAUUUAAAACAGAUCAUAAUAGUUGUGAAUGAAACUAGAAUGAAGACAAAAAAUAAAAUGGGAAACAUUUGUUAGGAAACCAUAGCCAUUUUAUAGCCAACAGGGACAUUGGAGCCACCAUAUUCAUACUCUAAAUUUACUAACUAUCCCAUGGAGCGUGAGGAAGUAGAAAUUACAGUGAAGAAAAUAAAGAAAAAGCAUCUGGAGUAAGUCAAAUAUUGACAUCCAUACGGGAGGGCGUAUGGUAUUGUGAGCAUUGAAGGAUAGGCUUCCAAGAACCCCAUGAAAGAACAUUUUCUACCUUGGAAAAGUCACCAAAUAUUCUAGAAAAAGCUAGACAGAAGAUUUUAGGAAACAUCUACAGACCUAUAGAAUUACUUUCCCGUCUCUACAAAAUAUGUGAGGAAAAAAUGCCCACGUAACGGUGAGAAAGCAUGAGAAGGGAACAACCAAGUCUAACCAAAAAGUACUCUUCAGCAGUGAUUGCCACCUCAGUUUAAAACAGAAGUCAUUAAACUGUAGACAUAAGGAUCCCUGUGGGCCACAUGUUGAAUUAAAAAACCACGUACGAACAUGAUUCACAAUCUGUUAUAUUUUUGUUUUUGGAAAUAAUCAGAUUAAGUGACUUGCCCAGGCUUGUCGUCCAGCUUGUAAUUGUCUUGAGGACAGAUUUGAACUCUGCACCUCCUGAUUACAGGCCUGGUGCUCUCUCCACGGCCCACCCUGGCUGCCUCUUGUUCUCUUGUUCGAUUACAUUUUAAUCUGUGUUUGCCACAGUGUAGCCUGGCUGCAUGUUUGGUACCUGUCCUAUAGUAUACAACUUGUUUUAGUGAAAGAUGCAGAAUAACAAUGUGUGUACAUCAGAGAGGCUAAGGGAAUAGAAGCUUAUUUGGUUGAUAUAACAACAAAGAUAAUAUUUGGAUGAUCUCUGGGUUAUUAAUGUCAAGCAUGGCUUCAGAGAGGGAGACACUAUAAUCGUGGGGAUUGUCUUGUUAAAGGAAUAUCAAAGAAAUAUAAUGUAUAAAAAGUUUGAGAUGUAAUUUCUGUGUAAUAAUCAUAUUAAUACUAGCAUAUUAUUAGUAAAAGACUGGUAGUUUGGCUGUUUCUCUUAAACCAAAGACCAGUAUGGAACCCAUCCAACUCUUAUAUGCCCUUGGAAGAAUGGGUGUUCCUGAGAGUAGCAAUUGACUCCAUUUGGCUAACACAUAAGGAGAAGAAUAAAUGUUAUGAGGAUUGGGUCCAGGACUAUUAACAUUCAAUUUUAGUUGAAGAGAAUUACUUGUGUCGAUAUCACCCAUCUGACCCAUCUUGUGUAAAACACAAUGGGCUGGAAUCUAUUUAUCUUUUGAAAAAAAUCUGAGUUCUUCCUUUCAUUAUCAGCCCAGUGCUUCAAAUUCUGUCUGAAUAACCUAUCAGAGCUGAUUUCUAAAUGAAGAAAUAGAAAAGGGGAAAAACCUGAGUCCUAAUUCAUUAAUUAGUUAUUAAUAAAACAAAGAAGUAAUCAUUCCUGUCAAAAAGAUAUUUUCCAAACACUCUUUCUUAUAGCACAUUUUUCUCUGACUUCAUUAAGACUCGGCACAUUGGUGAGCCUCCUGAAUGACUCAAAGUACUUUGACCUAGAUAUUCCCAGUGGAAAAGCCAAGGCUGGAAGAAUGACUGUUGUCCAGAAUGUGAAAAGCAAUUACAAUUAUCGGCCUUGGUAUUAGGCCAUAAAUUAAUAUAGUAUGUUCAGACAGUGCAGUUUUAAAAUGAAAUAAAUCCAUACUUAAGCAAAUGGAAGAGAGCAGCAGAAUAGCAUUUGGGAAACUGUUAUAAAUAAAAAUGGAACUAGAAUUAUAUUUUUCCAAUUACAUGUAAAGAGAGUUUUCACCGUGAUUUUUUCUGUAAAAUUUUUCAGUUCCAAAUUUUUCUCCCUCCCAUUAUACAAAUGCAAUCAUGUUAAACAUAAUUCCACAUUAGUCAUGUUGUAAAAGAAGAAACAGAAAAAGGAAAAAACCAUUUUAAAAAACCCAACAAAGUGAAAAUGGUAUGCUUCAAUCUGCAUUCAGACUCCAUCAGUUCUUUCUCUGGAUGUGGAUAGUAUUUUCCAUCAUGAGUCUUUUGGAAUUGUCUUGGAUUAUUGUAUUGCUGAGAAGAGCUAAGUCGAUCAUAGUUGACCAUCACAUGAUGUUUCUGUUAUUGUAUACAAGGUUCUCCUGAUUCUGCUUACUUCACUCAGCAUCAGUUCAUGUAAGUCUUUCCAGUUUUUUCCCUGAAAUCUGCCUGCUCGUCAUUUCUUAUAACACAGUAGUAGUAUUCCAUUCCAUUCAUAUACCACAGCUUGUUCAGCCAUUCCCCAUUUGUUGGGCAUCCCCUCAGUUUUCAAUUCUUUGCCACUGCAAAAUGAGCUGCUAUAAAUGUUUUUUGUAUAUAUGAGUCCUUUUCCCUUUUUUAUGAUCUCUUUGAGAUACAGACUUAGUAGUGAUAUUGCUGGAUCGAAGGGUAUCUGUGCAACACUUUUAAUGACCUUAGGCUUCUGCUUGAAAUAAAACAUCACCAUUGUUUUCCUAGUGGUUCAUUAUGGCUGUGAAUCAUGCACUACCCUUGUCUCAGAAGAAUUCAUAUUUUGAGAAGACUAAAGGGCUACAGAAGGACAUGAGAUGGGUAAACAUUGCGGCAUAUUACCAGUAAAGAAUUGUGCCUAAGAAUCACCGCAAGAGUUAUCAACCCAAAAAGUAUGACUGGAAAAUGAGGUGGACAAGUCACGUGGGGAGAAUGAGGGAUGAGAGAGGGCUGUCUCCCAGGCUGCCCAGGUAUCCCUGUAUGAGAAGAGACCUAGAGGAACCUUCCUGCAUGUUGGUUGGAGCAUUUGUGGAGGUCUUUGGAUGAUGGAAACAAAGACGAUGCACGCUGAGGAGAUGUGCUUGGAUUCCAACUGUGGCCAUUGCAGAGAAGUAUCCUUACCAAGAAAGUCAGAGAAUCCUGACAUAAUGGAGAAAAGCUUUUCCUUAGAACUGGGCACUGUUUGAUCUCUUUAUAUUGAAUCAGUGACAUUCAAAGACGUGGCUGUGGACUUCACUUGGGAGGAGUGGGAGCAUCUGGAUCCUGCCCAGAGGGACCUGUACAGGAAUGUGAUGCUGGAGAACUACGAGAACCUUGUCUCAGUGGGAAUUCCUGUCUCUACAAUGGACAUGGUCUCUCUUUUUGAGAAGCGAGAGGCGCCAUGGAUGCCAGAGGGAGAAGUCUCCAGUGGCACAUGUCCAGAUUCCCAUAAUGAGAAGACCAACUUUGAACCCAAAGAUUCAAAUCCAAGGCAGGCCUUUCGCGUGGGAAUAUCAUCCAAGAUAAGACUGGGCAAGGAUACAGAAGAUUGGCGUUACAAGAUAAGAGAAGCAGGUGAAGGUGAUGUUAAGAUAGAGGAGCUGAAGCCCACCCAAGAGGGACAGUGGAGACAAGAAAUAGUCACUCCCAGAACAGUGUACAAUCAAGUACAUGCACCUCAACAUAGUGCUCGAAAUGUUAUUUUUGUGUCAGACUUGGUUGCGACAUCCAAAGGGAUAAUGGGAGAAAAUCUAUACAAAUAUAAGUCCCUUGGAAAGAAUUUCAGGGGUGAUUUUCCUUACUUAAUUACAUAUGAUUCAUUCUCCCUCCGAAAAGAACUUUUUAAAUAUACCAAAUGCAAAAGACCCUUUAGUUACCAUUCAGACUUAAUUAAAUUUCAUAGAAUUCACGCUGGAGAAAAACGACAUGAACAAAAUGAAUGGGGAAAAUUCUCUGAUAGAAGGUUAGAUAGUAUUGAACAUCAGAAAAUUCAUAGUGGGGAGAAAUACAACAAAUAUAAAGAUGAGAAAGUUUUUGGCCAUAGGGGAAGUUUGAAUAAACAUAAUGUAAUUUAUGCUAGAGAGAAUUUCAUUGCAUAUAAUGGAUAUGGGAAAGCUUUCAGUGAUGAAAUCCUUACUUCACCUCUAAGGAUUCACACUGGGGAGAAAAUCUCUGAAUCUAAUGAAAGUGAGAAAACUUUCAGUGUGAGGGGAAUUAAUAAUAGAGGGAAAUCCUUUGUGUAUGAUGAAUAUGGCAUAAGCAAAAGGGAAUCAUUUAUUAUGCAACAAAGUAUUCAUGAUGAAAAGAAACCCUUUGCAUAUAAUAAAUAUGGAAUAGGCUUCCAAAACAGCAUAAGCCUUAGUUCCUAUCAGAAAACUCAUGCUGGAGAGACACUUUUUGGAUAUAAUGAAUUUAGGAAAGACUUCAAAAAGAAUGGGAAUCUUACCACACAGCAGGGAAUUCAUAUUGAAGAGAAACCCUUUGCAUGUCAUGAGUGUGGGAAAUGCUUCAGACAGAGUGCAUAUCUUGUUAUCCAUCGGAGAACUCAUACAGGAGAGAAACCUUUUACAUGUAAUGAGUGUGGGAAAACUUUUACCCAAAAGGCAAGCCUUAUUACUCAUCACAGGACUCAUACUGGAGAGAGACCCUUUAUAUGUAGUGAAUGUGGGAAAACUUUUACACAAAGGGCAAAUCUUAUUACUCAUCACAGGACUCAUACUGGAGAGAAACCCUUUGCAUGCAGUGAAUGUAAGAAGACCUUUACUCAGAAAUCAAGCCUUAUUACUCAUUACAGAACUCAUACUAGAGAGAGACUCUUUGCAUGUAAUGAUUGUGGGAUUGCCUUUACCCAAAAGGCAAACCUUGUUGCUCAUAGAAGAAUUCAUACCAGAGAGAAACCGUUAGCUUCUAAUUCACGUGGGAAAGGCCCUCAAAAGAAAAGACUUACCCAUCAGGGGACUCAUACUGGAGAGAAACCCUUUACAUGUAGUGAAUGUGGAAUAAGCUUCCGAUACAAAGUAAACCUUAGUAUCCAUCAGAGAAUUCAUACAGGAGAGAAACCCUUUGCAUGUCGUGAAUGUGGGAAAGGCUUCAGGCAGAGUGCACACCUUAAUACCCAUCAGAGAACUCAUACAGGAGAGAAACCCUUUGCAUGUAAUGAAUGUGGGAAAAGCUUUACCCAAAGGUCAAACCUUAAUAGCCAUCAGCGAACUCAUACUCAAGAGAAACUCUUUGCAUGUAAUCAAUGUGGGAAAACCUUUACCCAAAAAGGAAGCCUUGUUACUCAUCAAAAGACUCAUACUAGAGAAAAACAGUUUAUAUGUAAUGAAUGUGGAACAGGUUUCCUACAUAGAGUAAGUUUUAUUGUUCAUAAGAGAAUUCAUACUGGAGAGAAACCAUAUAUAUGUAAUGAGUGUGGAAAAGGCUUCAGACAGAGUGGACACCUCAUGAUCCAUCAGAGGACUCAUACUGGAGAGAGACCCUUUUCUUGCAAUGAAUGUGGGAAAACCUUUACCCAAAGAUCAAACCUUACUAGCCAUCAGAGGACUCAUACUGGAGAGAAACUUUUUGCAUGUAAUGAAUGUGGGAGAGCAUUUACCCAAAAGGGAAGCCUUGUUACUCAUCAGAGAACACAUACUGGAGAGAAACAGUUUGUAUGUAAUGAGUGUGGGACAAGUUUCCUUCACCGAGUGACCCUUAUUAUCCAUAAGAGAACUCAUACUGGAGAGAAACCAUAUGCAUGUCAUGAAUGUGGGAAAGGCUUCAGACAGAGUGGACACCUCAUUACCCAUCAAAGAACUCAUACUGGAGAAAAACCCUUUAUCUGUAACGAAUGUGGGAAAACCUUUACACAAAGGGCAAACCUUACCAGCCAUAAGAGAAACCAUGCUGGAAACAAGCGCUUUACAUGUAAUGAAUGUGGGAAAACUUUUACCCAAAAGGCAAACCUUAAUACACAUCGGAAAACUCAUGCUAAAGAGAUGCAUAAUGAAAGGGAGAGAUCUUUUACUCAGAGGCUGAACCUUAAUAGCUAUCAUAGAAUUUUGACAGGAUAAAAGUCCUUUGUAUAAUUAAUGUAGAAAGGGUUUCCGACAGAUUAGAUAUAUUAUUACACAAUAGAGAAUUAAUCCUGGACAGACACUUUAUGUAACAAAUUUAGAAAUGUCUUCCAUGGGAGGGAAUAAUACCUCCUUGUAUAUUAGAGCACUUAUACUGGAAAAAGCACUAAAAUGUAAUAAAUAGAGUUGCACCAAAUUUUCAUUAUCACUGUGUUAGGUGGAAUGUCCUGGGUAUCCGUGCUUCCCUUUGAAUUGUGUAACAUUUUAAUAAUAGACUUGUAUAAAUAGUAUACUUAUCAGAUUUUCAGAUGACUUGGAACUGAGAUAGAUAACUAACACUAUAUAAGAGAGCUACCUAACAACAUCGUCACACCAUUGGGCUGAAAAAUGAAAAUCAGUAGUGAUAAAUGCGAAUACUUAGAGUAGGGUACAAAACAGCCUACUUCACAAAUGAAUGUUUCUUAAGUACUUACUUUUUUCCUGGCUGUAGAUAUAAAGAAAUACAAAGUAGUUGUUGGCAUCAAGGAAUUGACAUCAGAUGGAGAAGGCAGCAUGUAAAAUAGCUACAUACAUAAGAAAUAUGCAAACUAAGUGGAAGGUGAUUUCUCAUUCCUGGGUGGAGGUGAGGAAGGGGAAGAUACAGGUAUGAGGUAACCUAUGCAAACCCACAGGUAAAGAUGAGGGAAUAUUAUGUGGUAAGCAGCUAGUAAGUAGACCAGCAUAACUGGAUCAGAAAACCUCUAAAAUAGAGCAAAGUGCUCUCUCUCCAUAGAUAUGAAAGGUCAUUUCUUCCUUGUUCCUCUAAUUUGCUUGUAAUUUCACCCAUUAUAUCUAAAUCCCAUAUUCACUUAGAGAGUUUUUUGUUUUCCUUGGAGUUGUUUUUUUUUUUUUAAUCACAUGUUGCGUCCUUAUCUUAGUAGUUAGAAUCUUUGAGUUUAUCAGAAAUAUACUUUUAUUGGUUUGCUUCUCUGUGUUGCAUAUUUAUUCUCUUUUAAAAUAAAUAGUUUUAAUGAUAAUGCUUUGUAAUAAUUACGAUUGUGCCCUUCUAUAUCUCUUAACACUCAGCACAUAGAAGGUGCUUAAUAAAUGUUUAUUUUAUUGAAAGAAUGCUUUAUUUUUUCAGGCAACACAUUUUUAAAAACUCACUUCUCCCCACUCUCAUUAAGCAAUUAAAAAUAAAUAAAUCCUUAAUACAUAACUGCAUAAUCUGGCAAAACCAUUUCUCAUUGUCUGUGUCUGAAAAUGUAUGUUUUUCUGCAUUUAAAGUACGUUUGCUUUUCUGUGAGAUGGGAAUUUGUAUUUCAUAUUAAUUUUUGGAAUUGUGGUUUUACAUUGUAUUCAUAAGACUUGUAACAUCUUUUGAGAAUUGUUUUUUCCUAUAACAUUAUUGUAAAAUAUGUUCUAGUUCUGUUGA